ACUUCCUCUCUGGCUGUCUUAGCUGACAGACCUAGAAGUGGGACCAAGACCCUAGCACUAAGACAGAUUCAAGGACUGUAUAUCCAACUACUAGACGUGUGUUACCUUCUGAUCAGCAUCUGAAAAACCCUGACCUUUUGAUGGCUGCAAACACUACAUCUACUGCAGCAACUUCUUCUCCUGGUGGCAUGUCCCUGUCUCUGUUGCCCAUUGUCCUGCUGUCUGUGGCCCUGGUUGUGGGGCUUCCCGGCAAUAGCUUUGUCGUGUGGAGCAUCCUGAAAAGGAUGCAGAAACGCUCUGUCACCGCCCUGCUGGUGCUGAACUUGGCCCUGGCCGACCUGGCCGUGUUGCUCACUGCUCCCUUUUUCCUACACUUUCUGGCUCGGGGCACCUGGAGUUUUGAAGUGACCGGUUGCCGCCUGUGUCACUAUGUCUGUGGAGUAAGCAUGUAUGCCAGCGUCCUGCUUAUCACUAUCAUGAGCCUGGACCGCUCACUGGCAGUUGCCCGCCCCUUUGUGUCCCAAAAGGUUCGUACUAAAGCCUUUGCCCGAUGGGUGCUGGCAGGUAUCUGGGUGGUGUCUUUUCUGCUGGCCAUACCGGUCCUUGUGUACCGCACAGUAACACCCAAGAACAAGACGUUGAUCUGCGACUCGAGGUAUCCCAGCGACGGGCAUAAAGUCUUUCAUCUGCUCUUUGAAGCCAUCACGGGCUUCCUGCUGCCCUUCCUGGCGGUGGUGGCCAGCUACUCUGACAUCGGGCGCAGGCUGCAGGCUCGGCGCUUCCGCCGCAGCCGCCGCACCGGUCGCCUGGUGGUGCUCAUUAUCCUGGCCUUCGCCGCCUUCUGGCUGCCUUAUCACCUGGUGAACCUGGUGGAAGCUGGCCGCACGCUGGCCGGCUGGGACAAGAACAGCCCUGCUGGGCAGCGUCUGAAGCUGGCCCGCUACGUGCUGAUCGCGCUGGCCUUCCUGAGCAGCAGCGUGAACCCGGUGCUGUACGCGUGCGCAGGCGGCGGCCUGCUUCGUUCGGCGGGCGUGGGCUUCGUAGUCAAGCUGCUCGAGGGCACUGGCUCCGAGGUGUCCAGCACCCGUCGCGGAGGCACUUUGGUCCAGACCCCGAAGGCCACACCCACCUGUCCUGAACCGGGCCCCACCGACAGCUUCAUGACUUCCUCCACCCCUCCUGAAUCUUCGAAGUGAACUGUAGUAGGUUGGGUUAUGACACAACUCAUAACUUGGAGGAGAACCUGGAGGAGAACAUGUUGGGGACUGGGCUAAAGUGGAAAAGAGGGAGGGGUGGGGCAAGUCAGGGCAGAGAGAUAGCAUGCUCUGUCCUGGCUUCUGCAGGCAGCCUUACGAUUAAAACUAAAGUCUAAAGCCA